AUGUCAGCCAAUCCACCCCCCAACAGAUCCUACAGCCGCGAUUCAUACACGAUUGCAUGGAUCAGCGCGCUGCCCCAUGAACAAACGGCAGCAAUUGGCAUGCUUGAUAAUCAGCAUGCGCGGCCUCAUGAUUUCAUUCAGCCUCCAAAUGACAGCAAUUCCUAUUCCUGGGGCGACAUUAACUCCUUUAACAUAGUUAUUGCUUCGCUUCCUGCUGGGGAAUAUGGAACUGCUUCCGCUGCUGGUACCGCCGUCACUACCUUAUUGUCCUUCCCUCAAGUUCGAUUUGGGCUCAUGGUUGGUAUCGGAGCCGGCGUCCCUAGACCAGGCAGAGACGUUCGUCUUGGUGAUAUUGUUGUGAGCCGUCCAGAGGGAACCAGCGGCGGCGUGGUUCAAUAUGACUUUGGCAAGGCCCUUCAGGGAGGAGAAUUCCGACGUACCGGAUUUCUAAAUAGUCCUCCUAGGGUUCUUCGCAGUGCGGUCACUAACUUGCAAGCACGCCAUGGUCUCCAAGAACCCCAAGUCCCCCAAUACCUUGAACAAAUGGUCAACAGGUUUCCCCGUCUUGGUCAACCAAACAAUGGUGGUCCGAGUUAUACCUUCCAGGGACUUAUGAAUGACAGACUCUUCAACGCUACAUACCCCCACGAGGGGGGCGACGAUUGUUCAAAUUGUGAUCCAACACAACUGCAAAGACGUGUCAAGAGGGACUCAACUAACCCUGUGAUUCAUUAUGGAGUUAUUGCAUCGGGAAAUAUGCUCAUCAGAGAUCCAAAAGUACGCGCGGAAAUGGUCCAACGGACAGGGGAAGACUGCAUCUGUUUUGAGAUGGAAGCAGCUGGAUUAAUGAACCAGUUCCCUUGCCUGGUUAUCCGUGGCAUAUGCGAUUAUGCAGACUCGCAUAAAAACGAUCAAUGGCAGCGGUAUGCGGCAGCAACAGCGGCAGCCUAUACCAAAGAACUCAUUGGGCUUCUUCCGGCCCAAGCUGUUGCGGAGACGGAUACGGCCGCUGGUGUUGUGAACCCCGGACAAAAUCCCACUCCCACUCCCACUCCCGUCCCAACUAUCAACCCCAGUCCUGGACAGACCACUCCUGCACAGACCCCUAAUCCCGGUCAGACACCAAGCAACGGCGAUAUUCGGCAAUUGCGUGAUGAUGUUGCAGGGUUGUCUAGGCAAAUGAAUACCGUCAUCCAGAUGCUCCAGUCCUCCCCGCCUGGUAAUUCAGGUAGUGGAUCCGGUGGUGCAGGCUCUUCUGGAGGAGCCUCUGGGGGAGCUUCUGGAGGAAAUGCUCCUGGAGAAGUUACUUCUGGAGGACCGGGGGGCACGCAUAUUUCCGGAAAUAGAUGGUACGGUUUUGCUUUGGCAGAACAAGUGGAAGCGGCUCAAAGAAGAAAUCCUGACAGGUUUAGAGACGACCUCGUCAAGGCCAUUACGUUUAUUGGCGAUACCGUUUUUAACUGGAGAGCGGAUCAGAACAGUCAGGUGGCUCAGUUUUUCUCGACUCAUAGUAUCCGGCUGCGUUUUUCUGCGGAUGAGCCGGGGACUACGGAUGAUCCUCUUAAGGGGCUUCCAAUAAGCUCUCCGAGGCGGCUUGAGUUUGUUUGUCGGAGCUACAGGUUUUUCGGUGGUAUGAAUGAGCAUUUUUGCAGGGUGUUUACCCUUUGGCGUAUUGCUGUUGAGUUUAUGGGGAUGGAGUAG